CAGUGGUGCUUAUAAUGAAGAAUCGGUGUAGUACUACUAGCUGAUGUGGUUGCUACCAGUGGUGGCACUUAAACUGGAAAAUCACAAGACUAAAGCUGGCCCUGUGAAUAAUCCAAUUCCAACUAAUUUAAAGUCAGAAGCAAGAAAGGCCUCAAAAAUUCUAAAAGAAUUCACUGAAAUAUCUUCAAGAAAUGGCCCUGAUAAACUCAUACCACCUCACGUGAUUGCAAAAGCACAAGGUCUUGCCAUCAUGUCAGUGAUCAAAGCAGGAUUUUUGGUAACCGCUCGUGGAGGCAGUGGAAUUGUAGUGGCUCGUCUUCCAGAUGGACGAUGGUCGGCUCCUUCUGCUAUAGGCAUCGCUGGCCUGGGUGGUGGAUUUGAGAUUGGAGUUGAGGUAUCAGAUUUGGUUAUCAUCUUGAAUCACAAGAGAGCAGUCGAAGCUUUUGCAAAAGGUGGCAAUCUCACACUUGGGGGAAAUUGUACUGUUGCAAUAGGUCCAUUGGGCAGGAAUAUCGAAGGAGAUGUUGCUGUUCGGAGUACAGCUGCUGUCUAUACAUAUUGCAAGUCACGUGGAUUAUUUGCUGGAGUUUCACUGGAAGGAUCAUAUCUAAUUGAACGGAAAGAUGCCAACAAGAAAUUUUAUUGCCAGGACAUUCGUGCUUUUUCAAUUUUGUUGGGUGAUGUGGAGCCACCAGCAGUUGCAGAAGAGCUUUAUAGCAUAUUGAGUUCCUAUUCUGAGAAGUAUAUAAAUGAUGGACAAAGAGAAAACAUGAGAAAAACAGCAAUGAAGUCUCAACCAGUGAAACCUUUGGCCAAGUCACAGACACAAAGAUCACCUGUGAAUGGAAGAUCUGGAGAUACCGGGAGAUCAUUCGGAGGUCCUGGACGUUCUGUAGUUGUUACGGCUCUGUAUUCUUAUGAAGGGCAACAGCCAGGGGACUUGAGCUUCCAAGCAGGAGACAAAAUCACAGUAAUCACAAAAACAGAGUCCCAGUACGACUGGUGGGAGGGAAAAAUAAGGCAGGAGGUUGGAAUAUUUCCUGCAAACUUUGUGUCCGGUUCUUAAACAAAGCCCCUUCACUGUCUUUCUCAUGAAUAAGGGUUUGCUUUAAAAAAAAAAAAAAAACACUUGUGUUGCUUGCUAAUUUAAAGCAACUGCCCAAAAAUCAUUUAAGUAUACAGUAUGAAUGUGUAUAUGUUAAGCUAUUUUCUAUUUUAGUUACCUUUUUUUUCCUUUUACGUCAAAUUGAUUUACAGAAGUGCCUGUUGGUGAUAAAAUAAUGUUGAUUUAAGGGCUUAUCAAAAUGUUUGUAAUAUCAAUACAUUUUUACGUCCUAUGGGGCUCAAAAAAAUUCUGUCAUUUCUGAAUGUACUUCAAAAUCUAUUCUUACAUUUAAGAGGAGAAAAAAAUGUGUAUUGUUUACAAACAGGGUUUUGGGAUGCAGUGGUGGUGCUUGAGGUUCUAAUAAUUAUAAAUAUGUGCACUCAUUUACAAUAAAGCUAUGUAAUUAAAAAAAGGAUUUUCAACUCAUACAGGCUGGAUUUGUUACUGCAAGAAAAUAUCUGUUAAAGAUUUUAUGAGGUUUUUAAUUAUGUAACAAAAGUGAAGGUGAAUUAUUGUUAUGUGUGGUUUAUUUGAUAAACUUUGAAACAUAAAAGGCUGUUUUCUGUGUCCCCAUAAUAUUACUG